CCUUUUUCUCACUGUAACUUCGCACAUUUUCAUCACAGUACGUGUAACGAGGGACAAUUUGUACAACAAAAAAAGAAAGAAUAGUAACAACUGUAGUGUUGCCACCUGCAAAACAAUUCACAACUGAGAUAUCAGUGAGCGCACCAGUUGCCUAUUCUUUUCCGCGAGCCGCACGUAGUUGGCAAAAACAAUGGAAACGAUCGAGUAUUCAGCGCGAUAACGAAAUGUGGUGCCGAACUAUACUGACUGCAGUAGCAAUUACAUGUACGUUCACAAGUGAAAUAAUCGUACACAGCCAGGGUCCACAGACGGUAGUCCAGAUAAAAGAUGUGGUGUGUAUGUUAUUGUUGAGUGGACUCCAAAAGGAAGACCUGGACGCCAACACAUUGGCCAAGCUGCGCCGAUAUAAUGUCAACAUCGAUGAUAUGAACAAUGAACACCACCAAGAAUGUAUAUCAAACCCGUAUACAACAAAACGAAUUAAUAGCAACAUUCAAGUAACAAGUGAAGUAGCUAUAACCAAAUUACCAACGGAAGCAUUCAAAAUACCAGUUUCUGAAAGACGUAAGUUUUUUUACAACAUAAUGUACGAUGAAAAUAUACCUAUGUAA